CAGCUCCAUGGAGUCUCGAAUCACAUGCACCAGUCAGGCACUAACACAGCCAGUGCCUUAGCGGCACUUCAUCCACUAACAGCCCGGCAUCUCAAGGGCUCGACUGUCAUCAUCCGAAAACAAAACAAAACAAACAACGACCGCCUUCAAUGCGCAGCUCCUCUAAUCACUAGCCAUCGCCUUGCGGCGGGAUUCGACAUGGGCGAGCUCGCCGACUAUCUCGUCCAGCACGAUGCCAACUUCCGCAAAUCCCGCCUCCCCGCGCUGUACUCCGACUUCCGCUCCCAAAAGACGCUGAACCCGGACGGCUACCAAGCCAACAUCUCCGCCUGGCUGCUCGCCCUCGCGCGGCUCGCCUCCGAGGGCCUCCUCUCCCGCCAGGGCUCCCAGUCCAGCGCCCUCGUCUUCGACCUCGACGAGUCGCUCCGCAAGUCGCUCGCCAGCAAGCAGUUUGGCCAGCCGCUGGCGCUCGGGGCCGUGAUCAGCGAGGCGCUGGCGCAAAAGGACCUGAUCCCGCUGCAGACCUUUCUUCACUCGAACCACAACAUAUACCAGCAGAGCUGGUCGCAGAUUCCGUGGGAUGUGGUGGGCUGGACGCUGCGGCAGUUGGGCGUGAUUGAUCCGGCGCGGGGGGAGGACAGGAUACCCAAGGGCAACUAUGUUGUCAUGAAGAACGUAGAGGCGGCUAGUCGCGAGCUGGGGGAGGUUAUUGGUGAGACGGCACCGAGAUAUGAUCGGGUUUUCACGAGAGGCCAGUUCCAGGCACUCUUCACGGCGGUGCUGGGCCAGGAUCAGCGGCUGUCCGACACGGAUACCGACGUGUUGCUCAAGUUCCUGUCUCGAGACAAAGACAUGAUUGAGUACGACGGCCAGACCGUCAAGAUCCGAGCGAGCGGCGAGGCAAGAGGGAUCACGCAAGAGGACUCAUCCAUGGCGUCUAUAAAGGAGCUGAUGGGCAGCUUGGAGCACCAGAUCGAUCUUCUUAACAAGAGAAUCGACGAGCAAGACCAAGAAGCAAGGAACGCCGUCCUGCGCAAGAACCGCGUCGCCGCCCUGGCCGCCCUCAAAGCGAAGAAGCGAGCCGAGUCGUACUUGUCGACGCGCUACGCCACGCUCAACCAGCUGGAAGAAGUGGCCACGAAGCUGCAGCAGGCCUCCGACCAGGUGCAGCUGGUCAAGGUCAUGGAGUCGUCCGCCAGCGCGCUCAAGAGCCUCAAUGCCCAGCUCGGCGGCGUGGAAAAGGUCGAAGGCACAAUGGCUCGUCUGAGGGACGAGAUGAGCGCGACGGACGAGCUAUCCGCCAUCUUGGCUGAGCCGACGGGCAUGGUCGUGGACGAAGAGGAGAUUGAUGAGGAGCUGGAGGCCCUGGAGAAGGAGCAGAAGAAGGAGGAGGAGGAGAAGCAGCGCAGCAGUGAAGAGGAGCAG